AUGGCUUCGACGGUUGUGUUGUUGAUGAGUCUUGCUGCCCUGUUGGGACAAUCUACUGGACAGCAUCGUAACUUCGAUUCUUUGUCAACCCGAAAUGCCGGUCAGCAAAAGGCAGUUACCGACAAGCACAAUGCCCUCCGGAGAAGUGUGGAUCCACCUGCCAAAAACAUGCUGAGAAUGGAAUGGGAUCCUGCCGCAGCGGAGAAUGCUAGACGCUGGGCGAGACGAUGUGUGUUUGAGCACAGCCCGAAAGACCAAAGAACCGUCAAUGGAGUAGGAUGCGGUGAGAAUCUCUUCAUGUCAUCCUGGCCUGCUUCAUGGGUCGAAGCCAUUCAGGCUUGGUUCGAUGAGGUGAAACAUUUCAGGUUCGGUCACGGAAGCACAACGGGUGAACAAAUAGGCCAUUACACACAGAUAGUCUGGUACCGCUCCAACCGACUCGGCUGCGCUGUUGCCUACUGUCCUAACCGAAGAUGGACUUACUACUAUGUUUGCCAUUACUGCCCUGGGGGAAACAUCGUAGGCAAAAUCAAUACUCCAUACGAACCAGGAAGCCCGUGUGGGGACUGCCCCAACGCUUGCGACAACAAACUCUGCACCAAUCCUUGCAAAUACAAGAAUAAGUAUAGCAACUGUAAAGAUUUAGCACGUUCUCCUGGAUGCAACCACAAAGAUGUGAAGAAAUGGUGCGAAGCCUCUUGCCUGUGCAAGACUGAAAUCAUAUAG